CGACUGUGGGCUGCCGCCCCGGGGUUAGCAGGCCCUGAGCAGUGCAGGAAGGCAGCAGCCUCUGAGAUCAGGCAGGCAGCUGUCAGGGAAUCUGGGGCUCCUUCGCGGUCUGCCCUUUGGAGGGUGCUGGGGCCCUGGGGCUCUCCCUGAAGAUGUGUUUGUCUGUCCCAGGCAUCGCUCCGGCUCCCGUCACGGUACAACUUUGCCAUGAACGUGCACAGCCGGGUGAAAGGCCGGACCGGGCUGAGAGUGGUGGUCAAGGCCCUGGACCCCACAGCUGGGCAGCUGCAUGGCCUCACCAGAGAACUCUCUGAUGAGAUCCAAAUCCAGGUAUAUGAAGAGCACUGCUGCUGAACCCUGAAAUAGAAGCAGAGCAAAUACUAAUGUCGCCCAACUCCUGUAUAAAGUUUCAGACAAACAGGGACGGCGCAGCAUCUCUGAGCUACCGUGUCCUGGAUGGGCCCGAGAAGGUUCUCCUCGCGCACAUUGACAAGAAAGGCUUCCUUGCGUCGGGGUCUGUGAUCGGGAGGUCCACAGUCGAAGUGACUGCCCAAGAGCCUUUCGGGGCCAACCAAACCAUCACCAUUGCUGUAAAGGUGUCUCCCAUCUCUUACCUGAGGAUCUCCAUGAGCCCCACCCUGCACACCCAGAACAAGGAGGCGCUGGCAGCGCUGCCUCUGGGAAUGACCGUGACCUUCACUGUCCACUUCCACGACAACUCUGGCGACAUCUUCCACGCUCACAAUUCAGUCCUCAACUUUGCAGCCAACAGAGAUGAGUUUGUGCAAAUCGGGAAGGGCGCCGCCAACAACACCUGCGUCGUCCGCACCGUCAGCGUGGGCCUGACGCUGCUCAGCGUGUGGGACACGGAGCACGUGGGCCUCUCCGACUUCGUCCCGUUGCCCAUCCUGCAGGCCCUCUCCCGGGAACUGUCCCGAGCGGUCGUGGUGGGCGACGACCUCUGUCUGGCCAGUGUCCUGGUCAGCCUGGAAGGCCUCCCCGGAACCUGGAGCUCCUCAGCCAACAGCAUCCUCCACGUCGACCCCAAGACGGGCGUGGCCGUGGCCCGGGAUGCAGGAUCCGUGACGGUUUACUACGAGGUCGCUGGGCACCUGAGGACCUACAAGGAGAUAGUGGUCAGCGUCCCUCAGAGGAUUGUGGCCCGUCAUGUCUGCCCUGUCCACACCAGCUUCCAGGAGGCGGCAGCCUCCACCAUGGUGGUCACCGUGGGACACCAGAGCUCUAACCUGCGAGGUACAGGGCUCGGUGGUCUGGCAGGGGCCCUGCUGGGCGUGGUUGUGUGA